AUGGCCGUUCGAGGCAACUCGCUCAUGCCCUUCUCCAUCCAGGCUAUACUUAACAAGAAGGACGACGACAGGCACUUGCCCGAUCUGGACGUGUGCUUCUCCAAGACGACGUGCUGGAAAAUAUUCGGGGACGUGCGCGCCGCCUCCGGGGAGCCGCCGGAAAAGAGCUACGACUCGGACUCGGGGCUCAGCGAGGACAACGACCCCAAGGCUGCGGGAGUCGUGCAGGGACUGCGGUCGGAGAAAGACGCCGGGGCCGCGUCUGAUGUGCCGGACGAGAGUCCGCAGGAGGAGACGGACCACGAAUCUGCAGCCGCGGACAACAGCAAGAGUGACAGCGAGCUCCAGAACGCUGCGGACUCGAGUUGCACUGCAGACGAGAAGUGCUCCGAGCAGCCCAAGCAGAGAAAGAAGCGCUCCCGGGCGGCCUUCUCCCACGCGCAGGUCUUUGAGCUGGAGCGCCGCUUCAACCACCAGCGGUAUCUGUCCGGGCCCGAGCGCGCCGACCUGGCCGCCUCCCUCAAGCUGACAGAGACUCAGGUUAAGAUCUGGUUCCAGAACCGGCGCUACAAGACCAAGCGUCGGCAGAUGGCCGCCGACCUGAUGGCGUCCACGCCGGCCGCCAAGAAGGUGGCGGUCAAGGUGCUGGUGCGCGACGAUCAGAGACAGUACGGCCCGGGCGAGGUGCUGCGGCCCCCGCUGCUCUCCCUGCAGCCCUCCUACUAUUACCCUUACGCUUACUGCCUCCCCGCGUGGACACUCUCGUGCACGGGAAACCCAUGA